GGGCGGGGCGCGGGCCGGCCAAUGGCUGCCGAGUGCGCUGCCUGCCUGCGCUGGGCGAGCGGAGCCUGGGAGCAGCGGGCCGGGCUGGCAGCAGCGGCGCCCAUGGGCGAGAAGCGGGUGCUGUGCGUGGGGCUGGUGUGCCUCGACAUCAUCAGCGUGGUGGAGAGAUACCCGGCCGAGGACUCGGACACCAGGUACCCCCUGGCAGAGGUGCCCGGGCACCCACCACAUGCCCCACGAAGGGGCCGGGCACCCACCACUUUGGGUGCCAGGGCCAUGCCCGCUGCAUGCAACCACUGCCCUGGGCACUUCUGGUCUCGGAGCGAGCUGGCACUCGUGCGCCCUCGCUGGCUGGGGAAAGAUGCCAGGCUCCCCGCGGGCGGGCGGGCGGAGGGUCUGCCUUGGCACCCGGGAGCUGGAAGACGCCCGGCCUGGGGACGCGCCGGGUGCCAGGGGCGGGCGGGCGGGCGGUGGGCUCGCGGCUUCCCUGUCCCGGCUGAGCUGCCGGCUUGGCUCCCUUCCUUCGAGCACAGUUGGAAGGGGCCCCCGGGGGUCAUCUAGUCCCGCCCGCUGCACUGCACCCGGGACAGACGGCCUUCCUUGCUUCCUUCCUUCCUCCCUGGCUGGCAGGUGCCUGUCGCAGCGAUGGCAGCGCGGGGGCAACGCUUCCAACACCUGCACCGUCCUGGCCCUGCUGGGCGCCCCCUGCGCCUUCAUGGGCUCCCUGGCGCCCGGCCACGCCGCAGAGUAAGUGACUGGGGGGGGGAGCCUUGUGGGUCUCCUUCAGGGGAGGGUGGGCGAGGCCACGGGCCCUUUGCCCAGCACCCUGGCAAAGGAGGCAACCAGGUGUCCUUUGGACUGGGGUCAGACUAGAUGACCCGCUGGGGUCCCUUUCAGCGCCACAAAUCUGUGAUGGGCUCCUUGUCUUGCAGGAUCCAGCCAUCCUCAUCCUCCUCCAGGGAAGUCAGGGGCCCCAGGGUGGAAGCCAGCCUGGCACGUGGCUCUGGCAUGGGCAGGAUUUGGGUGCUGGUCCCAUCCUGACCCCUGAUGCCCUUUCCAAGAGGGGAGGGGAGGGCUGGGGAAUUUCCACUCCUAGAUUUUUCCCCAGAGCCCUUUCCCUACUUUUAGUAAUACAUCUUCUAACAUUAAUAAGUAGCAUGGCAAAUGAAUAGCCAAGUCUUACUUUAAUGAGUAAGUGAAGCCAUUUAAGGCUCAGCAGCUGGCAGGUGUUGGGGCAGAAGGGCAGAGUCAAAGAAGGGACCCCGAGGGUCAUCUAGUCCAACCCCCUGCAAUGCAGGAAUUUCAGCAUCCAUGACAGUGGAGAAUAUAAGGUGCUGAGUCAAACGGCAAUGAAAUUCAAGAAGGGCAGUCUGUGACAAUUCUGUAUCAAUGUCUAGGACUGACAAGUGUUGAGUAGUGGUUAGAACAGCGCUUCUCCACCUGGGGGUCCCCAGAUGUCGUUGGACUACAACUCCCAUUACCCCUAGCUAGCAAGGCCAAAGCUCAGGAGUGAUGGGAGUUGUAGUCCAACAACAUCUGGGGACCCCCCAGGUUGAGAGCCGCUGGGUUAGAGUAUCAAACCGUGACCUUGGAGAGCAGGGUUCGAAUCCCCACUCAGGCAUGAAGGUCACUGGGUGACCUUGAGCCAGCUUAACCUACCUCUCUGUUAUGAGCAGUGCUUUUUUCCUAAAAAAAAAAUUUUAGGGGUACUCUCAUUCUCCUGCUCAUAUUGAAAUCCUGCCACUUAAUGAGGCCAAACUUAGAUCCACAAAAUAUUUAGUGGUAUGCGUCCCCCCCAGAUAAAAAGCACUGGUUAUGAGGAUGAAAUGGGGGGAAGGAGAACCGUGAGGAACAACUUGAGGUCCUCUGGAGAGAAAGGUGGCGUAAAUAUGGUGAGCCCAGCAGUGGCCCCUUUCCAGCAGCAGAAUCAUCCUGCAACUGUAUCUGGGCCUUCAGGGGAGAGGACCCUUUUGUGCAUGGACAGAGAUGCUCCGUUCGCUUGGCAAGGAAAGGCUGGUUGCAGUAGCAGCAACUGCUUCUGUGUAAAUGGUCACUCUGUUUACCUGAGGUCAAAUGUGGUCACUCCAUUCAGGUGUCCCAGGCAUGUCCAACUUUCAACAGACUGAGAUCUACUCCUGCAGUGAUCUGCCAAAGAUACAUUACUGUAUUUUAAUAUUUUGCUGGAAGCCGCCCAGAGUGGCUGGGGAAGCCCAGCCAGAUGGGCAGGGUAUAAAUAAUUUUUUUAUUAUUAUUAUCUACCUGUUGGACAUCCCUGAUGUAUGCAAAUCGGACCUCACACCUUGCCAUUUUUUCCACACCUGGGCGUGAACACACCUGCAUCAGACAGUGGGCUCUUGCCACAAAAGCUUUAUCCACAAUAAAAUUUGUUCCAACGGCAUAGUUUAUCCCCCUGCACGUUUAUUUGGAAGUAAGUCGAAUUGUAUUUUAUUAGGGUUACUCCCAAGUAAAAGGCAGCCUGCGCUUCUGUCUGCUUCCUUGGUUGUUUUCUUCACUUGCCUGGCCUCAAAUUUCAUUUCAUAGAACCAAAGAAUUGUAGAGUGGAAGGGACCCCCAACGGUCAUCCAAACCCCCUUCGAUUUCAGCUACUUUCGACAAUUAGAAGUACUUUUAAGAUACUUAUAUAGUACUGAGAUUUUUACAGCAUGUGAAGUUAACACUACAUACUUGUGAGUUUUCUUUACGACAUAUGUGUCAGCUGUACAUGCUGGAAUCAGAUCUCUUUAGAUUCAGGGGGACAGAAAGUUUCUCAAAUCAAAACAUGCCAGAAAAAAACCCCAUUGUGAUUUAUGACCCCACCAUCCAUUGCUGGUUUUGAGGAGCAGGGUCAGAUCCUGGUGCUGUGCUGGGCGGGCGAGGGAGAGGCACAGACCCCCAGAGGACUCCAGGGCCUGCAGUUUUCUUCCAGGCAGUGGCUGGAUUUCCCCAAGAAGUUAGUCGGCAGAAUUCAGCUCUGAGAACCAGUUUGAAUGGUAGGACUCCAGUCUGCAAAAUGGGGAGAGAAUCAGCCUGGGAGAAGGAGGCCUCAUCCUAUUACAGGGGGUUGGACUAGAUGUCCCCUUGGGUCCCUUCCAGCUCUACAAUUUUGUGAUUCUAUGAGAUGUGGCAGAUGUGGUUAUUUAAGAAAGGAUCCGUUAAGAGUCCUGGGACUCUGCUCUGGGUAUGUGAAAUAUAAAGGCCCACACACCUUCCCUGGUCCUUCUGAGCAUGUGCAGAGUUCCUUUAGUCACCACACAGCUGGAUUAAAGAGCAAGGGGCAGCUGCUUUCCAGCAGUAGAACAUCACCCAAGAAUCAUGAGUCCUGACACCUCUUGCAUUGAGAAGCUGAAUGUAAGUAUUUGGGUCUUGCAGAUCUUGAGAAAUCCCUCUGUCGCUGCCUGCUUGGACCCAGAUUUUUAUGGGAAGGUGAAGACAAAGGCUUUGCCCCCAUGUACCUGCAGGAAUCCUCACCCAAUUCCCACCUUCUCUGUGAGACAUUUCUGCUCCCCAAGCAGAGAUUUUGCACUCCGGGCUCAGAGUGGAUUUGGGGCCCUCUUUCAUGGAUGCAGGUGGUGCUGUGGGUUAAACCACUGAGCCUAGGACUUGCCGAUCAGGAGGUCGGCGGUUCGAAUCCCCGCGACGGGGUGAGCUCCCAUUGCUCGGUCCCCGCUCCUGCCCACCUAGCAGUUUGAAAGCAAGUAGAUAAAUAAGUACCGCUGUGGUGGGAAGGUGAACGGCAUUUCCAUGCGCUGCUCUGGUUCGGCUAGUAAAGUGAGAUGAGCGCCGCAACCCCAGACCUAAUGGUCAGGGGUCCCUUUACCUUUACCUUCAUGGUCCAAUGGCGCCUGCAGCUCCUAGCACUCUCUAUCAUGGGUAGGCAAACUAAGGCCUGGGGGUGGAUCUGGCCCAAUUGCCUUCUGAAUCCAGCCCACAGACAGUCUGGGAAUCAGCGUGUUUUUACAUAAGUAGAAUGUGCCCUUUUAUUUAAAACGCAUCUCUGGGUCCUUAAUAAUAAAUAAUAAUAAUAAAUUUUAUUUAUACCCCGCCCUCCCCGGCCAGAGCCAGGCUCAGGGCGGCUAACACCAGUAAAAUCACAGUAAAAACAUAAUAGGGGGGAAAAAGAGGGGGGGGACCAAUUUAAAAUACAGGUUAAAAUGAAAUUUAAAAUGCUGCCUCAUUUUAAUAGUAGCCCAUAAAUCAAGACCAUAAGGGGAGGGAAACAUAAGGGUCAGACUGAGUCCAAACCAAAGGCCAGGCAGAACAGCUCUGUCUUGCAGGCCCUGCGGAAAGAUGUCAAGUCCCGCAGGGCCCUAGUCUCUUGGGACAGAGCGUUCCACCAAGUCGGGGCCAGUGCUGAAAAGGCCCUGGCCGUAGCUGAGACCAAUCUAACCACCUUGCGACCUGGGACCUCCAAAAUGUUGUCAUUUAAGGUCCUCUGCGGGGCGUACUGGGAGAGGGGGUCCCGUAGGUACGAGGGUUCUAGGCCGUGAAGGGCUUUAAAGGUCAAAACCAGCACCUUAAACCUGACCCUGUACUCCACGGGGAGCCAGUGCAGUUGGUAAAGCACUGGAUGAAUGCGAUCCCAUGGCAAGGACACUGUAAGGUGUCUCGCGCGGCAUUCUGCACCCGCUGGAGUUUCUGGGUCAGCUUCAAGGGCAGCCCCAUGUAGAGCGAGUUACAGUAGUCAAGCCUGGAGGUGCCCUUCGCGUGGAUCACUGUGGACAGGUCAGGACGAGGAAGGGGGUCUCCAUCCUCUCUCGCCCUCCCCACCCCUAAGGGGGCUCCUCUUCUCUGCCCACCCAGCUUCGUCCGUGAGGAUUUCCAGCGCUACGAGGUGGAUCUCGCCCACGUGGUGCCGCGCCCGGCGUGCGCCCUGCCCACCUCCAUGGUGAUCAGCAACUCCACGACGGGCACCCGGACCAUCCUGCACGCUGCGAGGUGCUUAGGGUGAGGGGUCCCCCCCCCCGGCCACAGCCUCUAACCUCCUCUUUCUCUCCCCUCCGCUGCCCCCAAGAUUCAUCCUCUCCGACUUCCGCCGCUACAACGUGGAUGUCUCUCACCUGGUGAGGCAAAGCCGGGGGGAGAUGCCCUGCGCCAUCUGUCUCGUCAACUGCCACAACGGCUCUCGGACGGUCACUCUCUAUGACAUGUAAGGCCAGGCGGGCAGCUGCUGCCCCCGCUCGCCAACUCCCCACCCUGCCACUGGGUGGCGCCACAGGGCUCCCUCUAUUUAUUAUUGCCGACUAAUAUUUAUUGAAUUUGCAUCGCACCCUUUGCCCAAAGACCUCAGGGCGGUUCGGGGCAUAAAGAUACAAGAUGGGGGGGGGUACGAAAUACAUAAGCAAAACAAUAACCUUGCCAGCUGCCACAGGGCAGCCAUGCUGUCAAUCAUCCCAGGGGGGCGGGCAUUGACCCAGCUUUCUCUAGAAACGGUCCCAACCCUUUUAUCAAUUAGAAAAAAUUCAUAUGGUGCUUCGUUUUGUAAACCGCUUUGAGGUUGCCAUUUUUACAAUCCAGCAGUGGAUGCUCAGGUUGCGAACGUGAUCCGUGCGGGAUGCAUGUUCGCAACCUGCAGCGUUCACAGUCCACAGCAGUGCAUCUGCGCAUGCACGGGUUUGCGAUUCAGUGUUUCUGCGCAUGUGCAAAGUGUGAUUUAGUGUUUCUGCGCAUGCACAACCGGUCAAACCCAGAAGUAACCCGUUCCAGUACUUCCGGGUGGGUGGCACUGCGGGUUAAACCACAGAGCCUAGGGCUUGCCGAUCAGAAGGUCAGCGGUUCGAAUCCCUUUGACGGGGUGAGCUCCUGUUGUUCGGUCCCUGCUCCUGCCAACCUAGCAGUUUGAAAGCACGUCAAAGUGGAAGGAGAUAAAUAGGUCCCGCUCCGGUGGGAAGGUAAACGGCAUUUCCGUGCGCUGCUCUGGUUCGCCAGAAGCGGCUUCGUCAUGCUGGCCACAUGACCUGGAAGCUGUACGCUGUACGCCGGCUCCCUCGGCUAAUAAAGCAAGAUGAGCGUCGCAACCCCAGAGUCGGCCACGACUGGACCUAAUGGUCAGGGGUCCCUUUACCUUUACCUAACCCAAAAAAACGCAGCCUGAAGCAUCUGUAACCCGAGGUAUGACUGUACCGUAUUUUUCCAUGUAUAAGACUAGGUUUUUUCCCUAAAAAAUAAUGUCAAAAAUUAGAGGGCGUUUUAUACACGGAUGCAUCUCCCCCCAUUUUCUUAAAUCUGAGCAUCUUAUACAGGGGGGCAUCUUAUAGACGGAAAAAUACAGUAAAUGAGAAAUAAAUUGUCAAGAGUGCGUGAGCAAGGUGCGUGAGAGCAAAGGGGCAGCUCAAUGUCACCUUCUCUCUUUCUGCCCCCUCCCCCUUUUUAUUCCUAAUAUUAAUCAUUAAUCUUGGACUAUUAACGUGCAAAGUGCAUUUGAUCAUUAAUAGUAGAAAGGUUACUUCCCUCCACUUUUCCCCCUAGCAGGCCUUUUCUUGAGCUUUUAACGGCUGCUACACAAGCAAAAGGAGCUCAGUUUUGCAAGCCGAUCUGCUCGGGUGCACAGCUGCAGUGGCUGAAUUUCUGCUUGCCCCACAGUUCCCAAAGGCAAGCUGCCCAGCCCCCCCCCAGCCCCCUUGCUCAAAUCCUCUCUUCCCAUUUUACAGACUGGAAGCACUGAGGCCGAGAGGCCUCUGAGGAAGUCGGCGGCUGAGCUGCCAAGACCUCCAGCUUCCCUCUCACCGACUUUACUUAUUUUAAAACUACUUUUAAAAAAUGAACCAGUUACAUUCGGGGGGGGGAGUAUUUGACCCCCUGCUAAAUUUGCCCGUUUGCCCUCUGACGAGGAAAUGACCAGUACAUAAUUUUAACGGUAGGUUUAUUGUAGCUGUGAGAGACAGAAUAACUACAGGAAAACUGGACAUAGGAAAAGUAAAUAAAAUGGUCUAAAACCCUCCCCUGUCCCCCUUUACCCCCCCUCCCAAAAUACACAUCAAAGUGAUCAUAAAUGGAACUUCAUUUAAUUCUGAUCCCUUGAGCCACACCUGUGGCCAAGCGGCCUGAGGCUUCUCUGCACCCUCUGGCUUACGGCCCGGUUCAGAGGGUAGCGGUUUGCUUGAGAAGCCUGAGCCAUAGCUGUCCACGUUUCCCUUCCUUUAAGGGAAAUUCCCUUAUUCCAAAUAGGAUUCCUUGCAAGAAAAGGGAAAAGUUGACAGCUAUGGCCUGAAAUAUAGGGACGUGGGUGGCGCUGUGGGUUAAACCACAGAGCCUAGGGCUUGCCGAUCAGAAGGUCGGCGGUUCAAAUCCCCGCGACGAGGUGAGCUUCCGUUGCUCGGUCCCUGCUCCUGCCAACCUAGCAGUUCAAAAGCAUGAAGUGCAAGUAGAUAAAUAGGUCCCACUCUGGCGGGAAGGUAAAUGGUGUUUCCGUGCGCUGCUCUGGUUCGCCAGAAGCGGCUUAGUCCUGCUGGCCACAUGACCCGGAAGCUGUACUCCGGCUCCCUUGGCCAGUAAAGCGAGAUGAGCGCCGCAAUCCCAGAGUCGGCCACGACUGGACCUAAUGGUCAGGGGUCCCGUUACCUUUACCUUUAUGGCCUGAAUUGGAGUUGAAAUGCCCCCCCUGCAUUCCCUGAGUGGCGCCACCCAGUGGGAGAAGAGGGGAAAGCACAGCCAUGCUUGCCCAAUAAUUCCCGGCAGAUUCACCUGAUAAUUCAGCCCAGAUGCAGCAGCCAAUCAUCUCCCUCAAUCCGUCCCUGAUCUGCCUUCCUGGUCAUUGCCUGGUCUGGAGGAGGGAGCAAAUGGGGGCUCUUAGGGGCAGGUGGGGGCAGAGGAAGGCGGGGGGGUUGUUCCCUCCCCUUGCUUUUUGGAAAGCGGGGUCUGGUGUUGGGAGGGGGCAGUGACUGUUUUGGGGAGAGAAGAGGGCUGGGGAGGGGUCCCUCCUUCUGCCCCCUGGGACCCCCUCCCCAGAUGGAGACAUCCGCUGGACUUGAUCCUUGCCCCCUCUCAGCCAGGGGGAGAAAUGGCAGCUGAGCCCUGGAUGGGGUUCUGGCCGGCCUUUGCUCAGGGGGCAGGAUCCGCUGCUCUGUUAAUCAUUGAGAAAGUUCCUCUUAGAGGCUAGAGGUCAGGGGGCUUGGAGCCAAGCGUUAACCCUUUGCAGUAGGUGCCUCUCCACCCACAGCGCCCCCCCCCCCCAGUUUUCAGUGCAAGGGACUCAUGGAGCAAAGAGUUCAGAAUGUGGGAAGCAUCUGGCUGCAGCAGCCAGACGGAUCAGGCCCAAGGAAAGUGCUCCUCCAGGGACCUCCCGGAUCCCCCAACAGGAAGCCUGCUGGGGGGGGGGGGACACAGUCCUUCCCUGCUGGGAUCUUGUGGCAGGAAGAAUUUUCUGAUGUAUGACAGCGGAACAGACUCCCUCCCAAGGUGCUCUGGCAGCCAUCUGUCAGGGGAUCCUUGAGCUGUGAUUCCUGCAUUGCAGGGGGCUGGACUAGAUGGCCCCUGGAGGUCCCUUCCAACUGGGCAGUUCUGUGACUCUGCAGUCACUUGUAGCUCUUGACCUUCACGUUGUUGGCCUGCUCCCCUUUUGAAGUUGGUGGCCAUCACUGCCUCUGCAGGAGAGGAAGAAGAACGUCUCUCUCCCUCCCAUCUCCUCCCUGCUCUUUGGUCAACCUCUGUGGUGUCCUCAUAGCCCUCCUUGCUCACCUCAAAUUCAGGGAGGAGGCAGGGAUGCUUCUGAAGACCAGAUGCUGGGAACUGUAGGCAGGGAGAGUGUUGAUCCUGCUUGCCGGUUUCCCGCAAGGGUCCGGUCAGCCACUGUCAGAACAGGAUCCCGGACUAGACGGGCCCCUGGCCUGAUCCUGCAGGCUUUUAUUAGGUUCUUGUGAUGAUGCUCCUUCUGGUUAUCCAGAUGUGAGGGUUUCGGCCACAUUCGCAGAACUGUCGUGUUCAAAGGGCCAUCCGACUCACCCCCUGCAAUACAGGAACCGCAGGCUCACAGGCAGCCCCUGAAUAAUGUUGAGUCCCGCUCUUUGGGACUGUGCAGUUCGAAGCCAGCACCUUGCCUGGGUCCCAGCAUACAGUGGUACCUUGGUUCUCAAACUUAAUCCAUUCCAGAAAUCUAUUCGAAAACCAAAGCGUUCCAAAACCAAGGCACGCUUUCCCAUAGAAGGUAAUGCAAAGCGGAUUAAUCCGUUCCAGACUUUUGAAAACAACCCCUAAAACAGCAAUUUAACAUGAAUUUUGCUAUCUAACCAAGAUAAUUGAUCCAUAAAAUGAAAGCAAUAAUCAAUGUACUGUACUAUAAAAUAAAUAAGACCGUAUUGUAGAUGAUAAAAAUUAAAAUAAUUUUUUUCCCUCACUUGCACUGAUGAUAGUCAUUGCUUGCUUUUAUCCAUUUCCGCAGUCACACAAUCAAUCAAUCAAUCAGUAGCUGAACUGGGUUCCAUACAGUCACAAAAACAAAUUAACCGGAAAAACCUCAAAAGCAAAAACACAAAAUAAAUAGCAAAAACAAAAGCGCCAAACUUAAUCCGAAGUCUGUUUGACUUCCGAAAUGUUCGAAAACCAAGGCGCAGCUUCUGAUUGGUGCAGGCGCCCCAGAAACAAUAGCCGACAGCUGUAUCAGACGUUUGGCUUCCAAAAAACAUUUGAAAGCCAGAACACUUGCUUCCGGGUUUUCGGUGUUUGGGAACCGAGGCACUACUGUACGUAGAGGGGGAUCGAAGUGCACAUACCUCUUUGCAAGAUCAGACUUGCAUCCAAGACAUAGAUGGACCCUCCGUGUUUUUGAGGCAGUGGGCUUCUUGAUAGGACCCUGGGGGGGGGGGGAGAGAAGAGGGGCUGACUAUUGCCUUGAUGCCCCCUCCUCACAUACUUUGCGGGGCACCUGGGGGGCCAUAGGGAGGGGGUGUCUGGCUGCAUGGACCCCAGCAGUUGGGUCUGGCUUGUGCUACAGUGGGAGGCCAAGACAACAAGACCCUGCUUUGUGCUUUUCAAUCAAUGACCAGAUCGGGGUUGUUCAAAUGAAUAAUCUCGGGUGGGAGAGGAGGCUGUGAAGGCAUUGCAUCUCAUAGACUUUUGUAACCGCCCCCCCCCAUCCCACCCUUCCGCCUUCUCCCCGCCACCCCCAACCAGCAACCUGCCGGACGUGACGGCUGCUGACUUUGAGCAGGUCAACCUGUCUCAAUACAAGUGGAUCCACUGGGAGGUGAGUGAAGGAAGCCCUUGCUGGGGAGAUUGGGGGGGGGCAAGAGGGAGGAAGGGUCUUCCUGAGUUGCAGGUGCCACAAGGGGUUGCCAUCAGCAGGAAAUGAAGACGGAAAAGUAUAGGUGAAAGACCUACAUUGGCUCCCAGGACGUUUCCGAGCACAAUUCAAAAUGUUGGUGCUGACCUUUAAAGCCCUAAAUGGCCUCGGCCCAGUAUACCUGAAGGAGCAUCUCCAGCCCGGACACCUGGGUCCAGCUCUGAUGGCCUUCUGGCAGUUCCAUCCCUGCGAGAAGUGAGGUUACAGGGAACCAGGCAGAGGGCCUUCUUGGUGGUGGCGCCCGCCCUGUGGAACACCCUCCCAUCAGAUGUCAAAGAGAACAACAACUACCAGACUUUUAGAAGACAUCUGAAGGCAGCCCUCUUUAGGGAAGCUUUUAAUGUUUAACAGACCAUUGUAUUUUAAUACUCUGUGGGAAGCCGGCCAGAGUGGCUGGGGAAGCCCAGCCAGAUGGGCAGGGUAUAAAUAAUAAAUGAUUAAGAUUAUGAUUAUUACAGGUGGCCAUUGAUAAGUUUUCAACACUGGCCAUUCACACACAGAAACAGCUUUUGGGAACAAGACUUCCUGUGAGGAGGUCAACACAUGCAAUGGUUUUGAAAACAAGGCCACUCACUCUGCAGGCGACAGGGCCAAACCUCUUUGCGAAAGGGGCUUCGUGUCGCGUUUUUCAGGGCCUUGAUUCAGAGAUGGCCCCCUUUAAAGUCUGUUGUUACUGGAUCUUAGAGUCGUGGGGUUACUGGGAGGGGGGCACUAAGAGUCAAGGAGGGGCUCCAUGGCGCUGGAGCUAUUCAUGACCUAUCAGACUUCAUUGGCAUCACUGGAUCAAGUUUAUCACUUUUGUCGAGUUAAUUAAACUAACUAGUUUUUAAUUGGAUUUUGAAUAAAUGUGCAAUCAUUCCAGUUUUGAAUUUUAUUGGGUUUUCCUCCUCUGUGUGCAUGCUGAAUAAUGCUUUUUAUAGGGUAGAGGUCGUUGGGAGGGACUUUAUGGAACCAAGGGGGCAGGGGCCCAGGAAAAUUUGGGAGCCACUGCCUAUAAGUCACUGCCCUUGAGGAUGCCAGCUGUUGGCCAUUAACCCUCUGGUGCCCGGAGGGGUGGCAUUUCCAGGCAGUCUUCAUGGGCAGCCCCACGGAGAGGGCAUUGCAGUAAUCUAGAGCUCAGCAGAGCAUGAAUGCCAGGACUGCCGUGGCCACAACCUUCUGGCUGUGGGUGCAGCUGUCCUGGCCACGGAAGCUCCCUGGGAUGCCAGGGUGAGUUCCUGCCUCCCUCUGAGACCCACCUUCUCCCACCCCCAGGGCAGGAAUGCCUCUGAGCAGGUGAAGAUGAUCCAGCGUGUGGAGGCGUAUAACAGGACCUGCCCGCCGUCCGACCGAGUGACCACGUCCGUGGAAGUGGAGAAGACGCGGCCAGAGAUAUACCAGCUCUUUGGCUACGGAGACGUGGUAGGAAAGCCUCUGUCUGGGGGAGAAGCCAGGAUGAUGGGGCAGAAACGAGACGCUAAUCUUUAUUGUCAUUGUCCUGUACAGAACAAGAAAAUUGAAAAAUCUACGUAAGACAUUCAAAACCCAACAAGCCUGCUAUCCCAGCUAUCCCAGCCUGGUUUGCCCCAAAAAACUCUGAGACCCCAUAAUUGAAUACAAUAUACUCCCAUAGAGACUACCUUACACUGCGUUUAACACCAAAAUCGCAUUUGAGUAGAAACUGUUUCUCAGGCAGGUCUUUAUAACCCUGGAGCUUCUUCCAGAAGGCAGAAGCUGAAAGAGAUCAUUUCCGGGGUGCGCACUAUCCUGCGCUAUCUCUGCAGCUUUCUUAUGGCGCCUGGAAGCAUAGAUUUGAUCCAAGGUGGGAAGAGUGCACCCAGUUAUUCUCUCCGCAGUCUUGACAACCCUGGACAGCAUUGUUUUUUCCCUGGCUGUGCAGCUCCCAAACCGCACACACAGACCACAAACAGCCCCCUGACUUCGGAGCAGGAGCCCCCAUUCAGGGUCAGGGCUUGGCUGGACCUCCCUGGCGCCGCCCAGCGUUGCCCGGGUCCUUUGCCCCACAGCCUCCUCUGCACAAGGGGAAAAGCCUCUGAGCACAGCAGCUGCUGCUUCUGACUCUGGCACGGAAGAGGCCUUUGGCUGAGGAAGAGGCCUUUGCGCGGCUCCGAAGAGCCACAGGCUGGACCAGGCAGACCUCCUUGUCCUGGGGGCAGGAUCCUCCAUACUCAGGACGUCCUCCUUACAUGGAACGGACUCCCUUGGAGAUUUGAAAGAUGGGUGGACAUCUGGCAGGGAUUCUUCAGUUGUGGUUCCUGCAUGGCUGGGGGUUGGGCUUGUUAAAGUUUGUGGGUCGUAAAUCCUUUGACCCAGUGGGCAUAGCUGUCAACCGUCCCUUAUUUGGCAGGAAAGUCCCUUAUCCCAGCGCCGUGUCCUGCUGCUGUCCCUUACUGAUGAUGUCCCUUCAAUUUCCCGGGUUUUCAAGGAAGCAGCUCCUCUCCCUCCCUCCCUCCCUGCCGGCCAGGGAGGAGGGAGGCUCCAACUUUGUUGCUUGGCUGCGUUGCUCACCCAAUAAGGAGUCUAAGAACGACUGGGGGGUGGAGCUUGCUUGCCUUGUGCCAAUCAAAUCGGCCGCCUUGCCUGGGGACUCGCCCUUGCUCAGCGCUUCCCAGCAGAGAGGUGACGGUGGUUUCCCUUGCUGCAUCCCCUUUGCCGGGUUGCUGCGCUGGGGAAACACCACUUGAGGCUUCAUUUGGCUGCUGGCUGGGCUUUCUGCCUUUGGCUUGGAGGGGCUCAGAAGGCGAAUAUACCUGUGCUCUGAAAAUCCCUUAUUUUGGCUGCUGAUCCCUUAUUUUCGAGGCUGCUGGUCCCUUAUUUUCAAAUCUGUAAGUUGACAGCUAUGCCAGUGGGUCAUGCAGGAACUGUGGCUUUGUCUGUGUCUGUGUGGUGUCUUCAGUAACUCAGCUCAACACCAGUGCUUCUAAUCUAUCACUCUUUAUUUUGAAGCAUACAAAACAGAAAAGAAAACCUUUCUGUCUCUAACAGAACUGAAACUAUCUCGCUCACAUUCUCAGACACUCUGCACUCGGAGAGAGCUCAUCCCACAGGAAAAUGCCCGGCUUAUAUGGGCAGUGCACCCAGUUAAUAAGAAGGCCUCCUGGGAGUGUUAACUCUCAACUGUCCAGAACCACAACAGGGCUGGAUGACCCUUGGGGGUCCCUUCCAACUCUCCCGUUCUAAGUUCUGCUUGUGAAGCACUGCCUGGGCUGAGCAGCAGGAAGGCAGUGCUGCCCUGGGGGUGGAGGACUGACCUCAGAACAUGAAAUGAGCUCUGCUGGACCAGCAUCCUGUUCGCCUCACAGGGGCCAAAGACCCCUAAGACCCCAGGAGUCUAGACUGCCUCUGGAACUGGAGCCUCUGCCUGACAAGCCUAGCUGCUGGUCAGUGGGGAUCCCACCUAGUCCAGCCUCCUGUUCUCACCAUGGCUGACCAGAUGCCCAUUACGGGAAACCCACAAGCAGGAUCUGAGCACGAGAGCAACCCUCUCCCUUGCUGCCCCUGGCAUUCAGAAGCAUCUCUGCAUCCUGGCUAGUGGCCACUGAGAGCCCCUUUCUCCCCCAUAAGUUUAGCCAAUCCUCUUUUAAAGCCGUCCCGGUAGGUGGCCAUCUUGUGGGAGGGAGUUCCACAGUCUAACACUGUGCUGCAGGAUUGAGUCCUUUCUGCAUCUUCCAACAUUCAUCUUCCUUGGGCGCCUGGGAAUUCUAGUCUUAUGAGAGAGAGAGAGACCAAGAGGAGAAGGGGACUCUGGCUUCUCUUCCCCCCCUCCAGGUCUUUGUCAGCAAGGACGUGGCCAAGGCGAGGGGCUUCUACUCGGCCGCCGAAGCUGUCAAGGGGCUCCGCAGAUAUCUGAAGCCGGGGUAGGUGGAGACCACCCAAGGAGAAGGGGGCAGGCUGGAUUGCCUCUGGGUGCCCCUCAGCCCCCCUGCCCACCCUCUGGCAUGGGAGGGGAACUCGUGCCAACUCCAGCAUUUAAUGCGCAGCUGGCCACUGGCCCUUCGGUGCUCUGUGGGGAAUGCCAAGAACCUGAGGCUCUUCACCUCAGGGUCGUGGGGUCAAACCCCAUGUUGGGCAAAAGGAUUCCCGCCUUGCAGGGGUUGGACUAGAUGACCCUCAUGGUCCCUCCCAAUUCUCCAGUUCUACGCAACGCUCCAGAACUGCUCCUUAUUCUUCCCUCCAUCUUUUCUUUACAGAAUGUUUUCAUUUAACAAAAUGUAUCUACGCCCCUUGCCCUAAACCUUGAAGGCUCCCAAGCGGUUUGCAAAAAGGUGAUCUUAAAAUGCUCAUUUAAAAUAUCCAUAUCCAUAAAAUAUCCGUAAGUCACAGGGAAGCAGGCAAGGGCCUUCUCAGUGGUGGCACCUGCCCUCCCACCAGAUGUCAAAGGAAAAAACAACUACCAGACUUUUAGGAGACAUCUGAAGGCAGCCCUGUUCAGGGAAGCUUUUAAUGUUUGACAGACUAUUGUAUUUUAAUAUUUUGUUGGAGGCCGCCCAGAGUGGCUGGGGAAACCCAGCCAGAUGGGAGGGGUAUAAAUAAAUUAUUAUUAUUAUUAUUAUUAUUAUUAUUAUUAUUAUAGCAAACAUUAAAAAUGAGUUACAUUUUUAAAAAAAACUGCAAAGCAACUUCUGACACUUGGGGUUUCUGUUUUUUCAGAGCCAUCUUAUUUAAAAUGGUUGUAAGUUGUUUUACGUAGUGCUUAAUAUGUUUUUCAACGCUGCAACCUGCCCUGGAACCUUAGGGUAAAGGGUGGAUAUUAUUAUUAUUAUUAUUAUUCAAUUCUACUUGCUGAAAUGACCUGUGAAGCUGGUCUGCAGGAUGGGACUUCAUCAUCCUGGCUGCUGGGACUUGGCGGACCCCCCCCACCAGGUUCCCCCUCCCUGGGUUGAACCAAACAGGCCCUGUUGAGCCCAGCUCCCUUGGGAGAAAGAACCAGGACUUUUGGAGGUGGGGAGGGUGUUUUGGGGGUGCCUCCCCACCCAGUCACCUGCGGGGUCUCUGUCCCAAGGCUAAAGGCUCCUUCGUCUUUCUCCCCCCCCCCCCCCAGAGCUACCCUGGUCUGUGCCUGGGCUGAGGAGGGGGCCGACGCCAUGGGACCGGACGGGGUGCUGGUUCACUCGGACGCCUUCUCCCCCGAGGUGGUGGUGGACACCUUGGGUGCUGGGGACACCUUCAACGCGGCCGUGAUCCUGGCCCUCAGCAGGGGUGAGUCGCGGGGGCUUCUCUCCUCCUCCCUGUUGCCUGCAUGUCCAAAUCUCCCCUUUGUGAUCUGUUCUGCAACCUGCUCAUCAGACAUGGGAUCUACGGAGAGAUCUCCAGGGUCUGCAGUAGAUCGCCAUGCUCUUCGGACUGUCUGUCAGUUUUAACUAUAGGAGCAACAAAAAAGCUUGCCCAAACUUGCUUCAAAAUUAGGCUCUGCAAAGAAGAAAGGGGUUUUUUUUGGGGGGGGGAGACCAGGACUGGAGUUGGGGGGAGAAAAUGAGUCUCUGCUUUGCUUUGCUUUGCUUUUGUUUCUUAUGAAUUUUGCUUUGAGCUUUUCUUUGCUUUCUUACAAGUCUCUUGCUUUGCUUUGCUUUCUAUGAACCGUGUGAUGCAGCAGCAAGAAAAGUGAAUGCUAUUCUCAGCUGCACCAGCAGGUCUAGUGCCCAGAUCAAGGGAAUUAAUAGCACCCAGUGGCGCCAACUUGGACCCCACAUUAUGGGUGCCCAGCGACAUGUGCAACGUAACGUGAGAUCAUGACUUCACAUUGCAGCGCCUAGGAGCCCCAGAAGGCUUCCAAGGCCCCACAAGGCCUCAGACAUAACUUCCAGUUCCUUGCGGGGCCCCAGAGGUCGUGUCGGAGGCCCUGCGGUGCGGGCACUGAGCACCCACAAAACAAUCGUAGGUGCCCAGGGCCCCCUGGAGUUGGCACCAGUGGUAGUACCACUAUUCUGCCUUGGUCAGAGCCCUGUGCCCAAUUCUGGGUGCCACCGUUUAAGAAGGAUGUUGGCAACCUGGGAGGUGGGCAGAGGAGGGAGACCAAGAUGAUGAAGGGUCUGGAAACCAAGCCUGAUGAGGAACGGUUGAAGGAGCUGGGGAUGUUUAGCCUGGAAAUGAGGAGACUGAGAAUAGAUAUGAGAACCAUCUUCAACUAUCUGAAGGGCUGAACCAUGGAGCAAGCUUGUUUUCUGCAGCUCCAGAGAACUGAACCAAUGGAUUCAAAUGACGGGAAAGGAGACUCCAGCUAAACUUUAGGAAGAACUUUCUGGCUGUUAGAGCCAUUUGACAGUGGGGGGGAGACGUCUGAAGGUGGUGCCCCCUCCUUCAUGAGAGGUUUUUCAACGGUGGGGGGGGUGUGGCUGCCAGACAGAAUUUCUUUAGCCAUGGUUCCAGCAUUGCAGCAGGAACAACUAGAGGAACCUUAGGGGACCCUUUCAACUCUUUAAUUCUAUGAUUCUCGGACUGUGAGUUCAGUUCUGGUAGCCCAAAUUCCUGGGGCAGCUGAGCAUGGACAGAGCAUGUCCCUUCACUCUGUGCUCUGCCCCCUCCCUCCUCCGACCACAAUUUUGCGCUUGGUGGAUCUUUGGCUUCUUAGCAGAAAAACAAGUACCAUAUUUUUUGCUCUAUAAGACACACCCGACCGUAAGACGCACCUAGUUUUAGAGGAGAACAAGAAAAAAAAUAUUCUCUCGCUCUCUGCGCAGCACCCCUUCAGCAAAGCGGGAGGAGCAAUGGAAGGGGCGAAGUCAGAACAGCGAAAGCAGCAAUCCCUCUUGCUGUUCUGGCUUCUGGGAUAGCUGCACAGCCUGCAUUCGCUCCAUAAGACGCACACACAUUUCCCCUUACUUUUUAGGAGGGAAAAAGUGAGUCUUAUACAGCGAAAAAUACGGUAAAUCUCGCACGCCCUGAAUUCUGCCCGGGAGAGGGGUCUUGCCGGGGAGAGUUCUUGUUGCCUGAACCGCAGGGCACCUCUCUGCCUCAGAGCUCAACUGACCCCUCUCUGUCUCCCCCCUCCAGGGAGACCCCUGGCCGAGGCAAUCACCUACGGGUGUCAGGUGGCUGGACGGAAGUGCGGUGUGCACGGCUACGAUGGGAUCGUGUGAGCUGCAAGCGGCAAGCCAUGUCUGCCCAUCUUUUCUGGGGACCUUCAUCAAGCCGUGGACCAAAAUCACACAGCCCCCCUGACUCAGCGAGGAAGAAGCGUGCUGCUUCUCUGAAAGGUCCGGAGGGGCUGGGCAGCCAAAGCCGGUUCUCUGCUGUGCCCGGCCGCCCUGUGUGUCCUGGCUGGGCCUGGGUCUGGAGAGAGACUUGCCCGCGUUGCCUCUUUGCAAAGGCCGAUCAAUAAAAUGCUUGGACCAGUGGC